CAUUGCAUUCAUCGAAUUACUCAAGACAAACAAAAAUAAUUUAUCUUAUUUGUUACAAGUGUGUGCUGUUGCUGGUAAACAACGUUUGCUUCAAGUGUAAAUUGCAUUUCAUUGGGAGACUAACAAAGCGAUACGCGUAGAAGUCCAGUGUCGCUCUUUAUUGUACAAUUUCUUGGUGGACCAACUGCAAAUCAAUGCAGCACUUCUGACUGACUUUCAACAAAAGGAAACAACAACAAUAAUAUAACGUCAAAAUCAACAGCCAUCGCAUCAUCACAACACAUAGCAACGUCAUAAUAAUAAAUACUCUGCCAUGCCAUACAACUGAUUGACAUUAGCCAAUAAAUAAGAUGCGAGGAAUUGAGGGCAAAGUGGUUGUGCUUGGCUCGCGAGGCGUGGGCAAAUCUCGUUUGGUUAUCAGAUACAUUAAGAACGCUCUACAUCGCGCCGAGGAGCCAACGAUAGCCGUCUCCUUCUUCACCUGCAACAUCAUCUUGGACGAUGUCAAAAUCAAAUUACAAAUCUGGGAUACGGCUGGACAAGAGCGUUUCAGAGCCGUUGCUCCCAUGUAUUAUCGCAAUGCAAAUGCUGCCAUUUUGGUCUUUGAUCUGACGCAAUACAAGACAUUUACGGAAAUCAAAUCAUGGAUACAGGAAUUGCAUCGCAACGUACAGGAUCCGAUGAUACUCACGCUGGUGGGCAACAAAAUGGACAUGCAAUCCCAUCGCGCCGUAUCGCGUGACGAGGCCUUUGUGUUUGCCAGCUCAAUUGGAGCCACCUACUUUGAGACGUCAACCGAAACGGAUCAGGGCCUCGAGCAGGUGUUCUUAUCCACGGCGAUGGGGCUGGUGCGUUUGGCCGACGAGGGUAAAACGCAUUCGUUGCGCUCCUUUCAAUCCACCGAUUCGCUGGCCUACACCAAUGGCAACACUGCCUUCAGCUAUACGGCCGCUGCCCUCGCUCGCAAUCCGGAUAGUGCUGCAUUUCGGUUGCCAUACGUGCACAUUGGCAUACCGGUUGAUGGCCAGGAUGUGAAGACAACCGGCGAGGGCCGUUUAGAGACGCCUUCAUGGAGUAUUGAGCACAUUGCCCUCGGCGAGGUGGAGAAUCCGCGUUGGUGCUGCUAUUGAGAUGAUUCAGAGUACAGAAUUCACAAACCAAAAACCAAAUUGAAGCAACUGAUUAAUUGAUAAACUGACGAAACUUUUCUACAGCAUUGUGAUGUUAAUUAAAAACAGGUUUACUUUAGUUAUGCGCCUGCACUCGAAUACGAA